AUGAUGAUAUUUGGUAGUUCACCAUUUGGCGGAUCUGAUCAAGCAUCAGUGAUCAAUCAAAUAUUAAAUGUCGGUUAUGAUUUUCCUGCUAACACUGAAGUGUCAAAUGCAGCAAUGGAUCUUAUAUAUUUAAUACUCAAUCCUGAACAACACCACUUUUUCAACGGCCCAACUCCUCCUGGAUUACCAACCUACGCCUUGACAACUGCUCCGAAUUACAACAUUAUCUCUGAUCCUGAAGUGUGGAAUUACAUUUAUAAGGAUUAUCCAAUUGUUACCGACCUUGAAAUUAAAAAUUUUAUUGGAUCCUUAUAA